ACGCAUGCGCAGUAAGGUCGGCGCUGAGACCGUUGCGUCUGUUAAACAUAAACUCGAAGCUGCUUUUUCGUUUUUUAUUUUAAUUUCUUUUAUUUUAGUUUUCCGUCCCUGAUAAAAGGUCAUGGCUGGAACAGCGCUGAAGAGGCUCAUGGCCGAAUACAAACAGCUGACUCUGAACCCACCUGAGGGCAUCGUUGCAGGUCCAGCCAACGAGGAGAACUUCUUUGAGUGGGAGGCGCUCAUCAUGGGUCCCGAGGACACGUGCUUCGAAGGAGGGGUGUUUCCUGCCGUGCUCAGCUUCCCCUCUGAUUACCCUCUCAGUCCUCCCAAGAUGAGGUUCACCUGUGACAUGUUUCACCCCAACAUCUAUCCCGAUGGCCGGGUGUGUAUCUCCAUCCUCCACGCUCCGGGUGACGACCCGAUGGGCUACGAGAGCAGCGCGGAGCGGUGGAGUCCAGUGCAGAGCGUGGAGAAGAUCCUGCUGUCUGUGGUCAGCAUGCUGGCAGAGCCCAACGACGAGAGCGGCGCCAACGUCGAUGCGUCUAAAAUGUGGCGCGAGGACCGAGAGCAGUUCUACAAACUCGCCCAGAAGAUCGUCCGCAAGUCGCUGGGCCUGUAGGGACGACGCGAUCGCAGAGCACCGCUGCUCUGCAUGUGUGUGCGCGUCCAUGCAUGGAUAGAGACUCGUCACCAUGGAAACCACGACACCCACAGGCAGAGCUGCGGACAGACGGACGGACAUGUCAGUUAACUGAUGGACAGACACCUCAAAGCUGGUGUGAGGUCAUCACGAUGAUACAUCAGACAACACCCCUUUGUCACCUGACCGCAUGUUUCCUGUCAGUGCCUCAUCUCCGUGCUUGCUGUUGCUAUGGAAACCUCUCCCACCCCACCCCUCUCUCUCUCGCUCUCUCUCUCUCUGUCGUUGGGUAACCAUGACGCUGGACUUGAUGCACUUUACUGUUUUCCCGACGAGAACUCGCGGUGAUGUUGGAGCUCGUUCGGAGCUCGUAGGUUGUUCGUUCUCGAGGGGCUGAAGAGUUUCUCCGUCUGAUUUGACUCGAUAAUUAAAAGCGCAGAAGGAUUACUGUCUGCUUCUUCACAUUUAUUGUUACAGCUGGAGAAAUGAACAAACUGAUUAAAACCUUGUUCACGCAAAUUCAUUAAAAACGAAUCUUCCGUUUCUG